AUGCCAGAGGUGUACUUGUUCGAAAAAUCGCUUCUCGCACGAAUGCAAGAAACAGCGGAUGUUUUUGGUGCUGGCCAAACUACGGUAAGCGCUUCCGGUAUAAAAAAUGAAUGGGGCAACUAUGCCGCAACAGUCGUAGCACCGUUCGGAUGGCAAGCAGUCUGGCGGAUUCCCCGAGACCUCUGUGAACAAAUGUCGAUUUCGUAUCCAGCCCUCGUGAAGGGAACUGUGACAUGCGUGGAUUGGGACGCGUUAACGGCGAUGUUUUGUAUCGACAAAACUCAGAACAAAAAUGUACUUCUAGUCGAGGAGCAGAACCCAUCCCUAGUAGAUUUGUGGCCGCUAAAGCAAAACGAGGAUCCAGACGCGUUUCUUACUGCAAAUUGCCUGGAUAAAAUGCGGUUCUUUUAUCAGCACCUAUGGAUGCCAUGGGACAACGACGAUGACUGUGAUGAUUGGGUUGAAAAGCAUCUGGAGAGCAGAAUAAGAUUUUACGACGAUUUGAAAAUGAACGCUAUGUCCAAACGUUUGCAUUCACAUAUUUUAGCUUUGUUAGACGAAGCAAAGUACCUCCAGAGCAAGCUAGAGCGGCUGGAGAGUGAUCCCGAAUGCCUAGCAAAAGUUGAGGUGUUGGAAGAGGAUAAUCCUGGUGUAUCGCUUCCAUCGAUAGUGGCCGUUAGGAUGGAGAUUUAUAGGCGAAUAUGUUCGAUAAAAGAUGACAUAGACGUUCUGGAAAUACCGGUAUUGCGCCCCCUUUACGAGAGGAAAUCUUUUCCCAAAAAAACGGGUGCGGCAGGGAAAGUAAUAAACAACGCGAAGAUGCUGAAGGUUGUUACGCGAGAAGGAACAGUGAAAGAGCAAAUGGAAUAUUUUGAAGCACUAAAGGAGCUGGUCAAUCAGAUGCCCGUUCAAGGUUACGAUUCACUCCAGACGGCACUGGAAAGUUGUAAAUCAUCAGGUCAAAUCGUGUUACCAACAGGUCAACAUCCAAUCAAUUUUUUGGAUUAUCUCGAUCAGGGAUCGCUCGUGGCGUUCAGUUCGAUUCGGUUUGUCGAAAACGACCUAAACCAAUUACCGGAGUUGGAAAAAUAUAUAUCUACAGUGAGCUCGAGACACGACGAUAGUAUAUUAAUAAGAAUUGAUGGGGACUACUGUUUUGAGAAUAUUUUACUAAACUGUGCUAAUGUAGCGGUGGGAGUAAUGAUUAGGGGGGGUAACGUUACAUUUAAGAAUUGCUGUAUAAUCGGUGAUAGCCAAUCGAGUACAAAGCGAGGAAUUGUAAUUUUCGCUGGAUGCAACGUACGGUUUGAGAGUUGUGUAAUCAAGGAUUUCCCGGUUGGAAUUUGUUGUAGUCCAAACUGCACAAUUAACCUGUUUGAUAGUAUCGUUUGCAACUGUCACAAUGGCAUUGAGGCCUUGGAAGAUUGCAAAAUCAAUUUUCAUCAAUCCGGGAUAUUUAAUUGUUUCUAUUAUGGCAUUACUUUGAAAACUACAGAUUAUCGUUGCUUUCACAAAAACGAAGUUCUCCGCAGUUGCAACGAUUACUCUGGUCUUGAAAGACCAGAAUUCGAUUUCGAAGGAUCCUGCAGGUUCGAGAAUAACAAAAAAGCUAAUUUCGUCGUUAGCAAGGUUGACGAAUUGAACACUUUCGGCGAAUACCUGUCCGAUAUAAGUUGCGAAGGUUUUUUGUUCACGACGAAACACAACGAGGAGGCAGAUAGUUCCUCGCAAGAAACUCCGAAAAAGAGUGAAGAAUCAGAUCAUGAACAGAUUGGAAAAACGGAAUGUGAUGAAGCUCAUUCAAGCAGGACAGCUCAGCGUACCGAACCGCAGCAGAAUGAGGAGUCGGCUUGUGAACAGAAUAAGAAGAUGGAAAGUUCUGAAGUGAACUAUGUUUAUCCGAGUAACAUCGAGAUCGAUCGUGCCUUGCGAGAAAUGAUUAACGAUCGGGAACAGAGGAAAACGUUGCCUGGCUGCAACCCUCAAUAAUGUCUCUUGGAGCGAUCUUUGCGAUGAAACUAACCAGCUUUAGCAUGCCAUAUGAUGACUGGACUUCACUGUCAAGUUUGUCUUUGUUCAAAAUGUUUCAGAA